UGCAUAACAUUCGCCGCAAUCUGGUGGCAAGAAGUGACGACUUGCCGGAUGAGACAGGACUUGGUAGGAUUGGGCUCGGACGCUUCCGCUCCUAUAGGUGGGACAUUCCUCGCCGAUCUCAGCAAGGUUCCAACAAAGAGGCGUCCGCGAUGCUCAUCGGGCUAUGUAAGUCUCGGUGCAGAGUGCAGACGAGCCGACAGCUUCGAGGGACGUGCUUGAACAGCCAAAAGAUUGCCAAGGGUAGCAACGACUGAAAGCGGCGCGACUAGGAUUGGUACCCAACCUGGCGGGAUUCUCUCAGGGCAAAUUGCUAGCGGGAAAAGCCUAAGGUUUCGAGAAAUGGAUACCCUGCAGGACACAGAGAUAAGUGCCCGGGCGCUGCUCAUAUCUCCCCAGCCUAUGUGGCCGGCCCAGUUCUUGCAGACAUCCUACAUGGUCGACAUUGCAUUGCACGUUAUGCUGGACGGUUUAACGUUUCACGUGGCUUCAGCGAACACCAGCCGGCUCGUGACAAGCUCCGCUGUCAUUGCCGGGAGUGCCGCUGCAUUGUCCAUAAGAAAGCAAGUGCCCACGGCAUCCACCUACCUCCCGCAGCUGUCUGAGCAGCUUAUGCUAUUUGAAUUUGAGCCAUGCGAACAGAACGGAGCUCUAUCACGACUAGGCUUAGCUCGAUGCUGGCGCUGUGACGGCAUUGUGCAGAUAGAAGUCCCCGACACCUAUCGAUACAUUUCUCCCGAAUCUGCGGGAAGCAGGGAAGCAGAAAAACAUGGCAAAGACCGCAGGCAUGGUAAGCAGGGUGUACAGGGCUCAACUGGUGCCACACUCAGUAUGACGUCGCCCGUCCAGAAAUGGUCUUCAGUUAUGACCCGCAUGAACAGCUGCUGAGCUGCGCGCGGUGCCCAGAGACUAUUGCCAAUGGUACAAAGUGUUCGUCAAAAGCCUCCACGGAGGACGCCGACAGCGCACGUUUCAUAUGGCUUGUGUGUGGAAAGCUAAUAGGCGAAGCAUGCCUCGCCGAGCUGCACAACCGUUGACGUUGAAACGGUCGCGGAAGGCGUGCGCAUGCACGGCGCGAUCAACCUUACCUAAUGAUUUGGGCAACCAACGAUUCUAACUGCCAACAAUGCGUACUAAACAGCUACGCAUGUUCCAUGAAUCUAUACACACCACCCGAGUACCUAUUACCGCAAGUCCACAAGUCCGGUCACUUUUCCCAUCCGC